CAGGAUAAUCUUCACCAAUUCCUACAUAAUAUCCAGCUCAGCACCCAUCGGUUUUUCGCAUCUAUAUAACAUAACCCCUUAUCCAUUCCCUCUCACCACUCAAGAAAAACCCACACAUAUUCUUCCAAUCUCCUCUGCACACUUACUUCAAAACGAUGGCGUUUUCAUCUUCAUCCUGCUUCUUCACUUCCCCCAAUUUCACCGUCAAUCGACAACCAAUUUCCGCCAAUUUCGCCACAGCUGAACGAACGGCGUCGUUUUCAACCAGAUCUCAACGGAUUACUAAUCAAUCUUCACUCUACGAUGUGCUCGGAAUACAAAUCGGAGCCGAUACGGUGGAGAUCAAGGCGGCGUACCGGAGAUUAGCCAGAGUUUUGCAUCCUGAUGUCGGAAACUGUGAUUCAUCGGCUGAUGAGUUUAUGAAAGUGCAUUCUGCGUACGCUACGUUGUCGGAUCCGGGAAAACGAGCGGAUUAUGAUCGGAGUUUGUUCGUGAGACAGAAAAUGAGCGUCCGGAGUUCGAUUUUGAGUUCGUCUCCGGCGGGAUUCAGUGGUUAUAGUGGCCGGAGAUGGGAAACGGACCAGUGUUGGUAGUUUCCGGUGGAUCGGGUUGUACAUAUGGAGCUAGAAAUGUUACACUUAAAAGAUUAAAAGUUAAAAUUAUUAGAAAUGUUACACUUAAAAGUUUAAAAGUUAAAAUUAUGAAUGAUGUGUAAAUUAGUAAGUUGGUUGUAUUUUUAAAGCCACUUUAUUAUUGGAUAUAUAUUGUACAUUUGUAGAUCGCAAUGUUUUUCUUUUUUUAGUUUCUUA